ACUGCUGAAGCAGAUGUGGAGAACUAUAAAUUAAGAAUCCCAGCUACAUAAUUGACUUAUGCUUCCUAGUUCCUUGCCCAGCCACCACCAUCUCUCCAAAAACCCGAGAUCUUGCUAAAAUCAUCAUGGAUUCACUCGGCGCCGUCAGCACUCGACUUGGGUUUGAUCUUUUCAAAGAGCUGAAGAAAACAAAUGAUGGCAACAUCUUCUUUUCCCCUGUGGGCAUCUUGACUGCCAUUGGCAUGCUCCUCCUGGGGACCCGAGGAGCCACCGCUUCCCAGUUGGAGGAGGUGUUUCACUCUGAAAAAGACAUGAAGAGUUCAAGAAUAAAGGCUGAAGAAAAAGAGAUUGAGAACACAGAAGCAGUACAUCAACAAUUGCAAAAGUUUUUGACUGAAAUAAGCAAACUUGCUAAUGAUUAUGAACUGAACAUAACCAACAGGCUGUUUGGAGAGAAAACAUACCUCUUCCUUCAAAAAUACUUAGAUUAUGUUGAAAAAUAUUAUCAUGCAUCUCUGGAACCUGUUGAUUUUGUAAAUGAAGCAGAUGAAAGUCGAAAGAAGAUUAAUUCCUGGGUUGAAAGCAAAACAAAUGAUGUGGAAACUGAGGCACAGAGAGUUUAAAUAACUUGCCCAAGAUUCCUCAGCUGAUAAGAGGCAAACUGGAUGCUAACAGAGGCAUCUGACCCCAGAGUCCGGACUCUUAACCAUGAACCUCAGUUUAUCCAGUGGGAUAAAUAGGCAAUGGGCAAAAUGAGAACCUCCCCGUCGAUUCUGCCAGCGAACCCUUUGUCAGCAAGGCCCUCAGAAAAAAUCAAGGACUUGUUCCCAGAUGGCUCUAUUAGUAGCUCUACCAAGCUGGUGCUGGUGAACACGGUUUAUUUUAAAGGGCAAUGGGACAGGGAGUUUAAGAAAGAAAAUACUAAGGAAGAGAAAUUUUGGAUGAAUAAGAGCACAAGUAAAUCUGUACAGAUGAUGACACAGAGCCAUUCCUUUAGCUUCACUUUCCUGGAGGACUUGCAGGCCAAAAUUCUAGGGAUUCCAUAUAAAAACAAUGACCUGAGCAUGUUUGUGCUUCUGCCCAACGACAUCGAUGGCCUGGAGAAGAUAAUAGAUAAAAUAAGUCCUGAGAAAUUGGUAGAGUGGACUAGUCCAGGGCAUAUGGAAGAAAGAAGGGUGAAUCUGCACUUGCCCCGGUUUGAGGUGGAGGACAGUUAUGACCUAGAGGCGGUCCUGGCUGCCAUGGGGAUGGGCGAUGCCUUCAGUGAGCACAAAGCCGACUACUCGGGAAUGUCGUCAGGCUCCGGGUUGCACGCCCAGAAGUUCCUGCACAGUUCCUUUGUGGCGGUGACUGAGGAAGGCACCGAGGCUGCAGCUGCCACCGGCAUAGGCUUUACUGUCACAUCCGCCCCAGGUCAUGAAAAUGUUCACUGCAAUCAUCCCUUCCUGUUCUUCAUCAGGCACAAUGAAUCCAACAGCAUCCUCUUCUUCGGCAGAUUUUCUUCUCCUUAAGUUGAUCGUUGCCAUGGCAUUGCUGCUUUUAGUGAAAAACAACUGCCAGUGUUACUCAUAUGAUUAUGAAAAUCGUCCAUUCUUUUAAAUGUUGUCUCACUUGCAUUUCCAGUCUUGGCCAUCAAAUCAAUGAUUUAAUGACUCCAAUAAUGUGUGUGUUUAUAACCAUCCUUGAAAGUGAAAUGUCCUUUUCUUUGUGCCAUGCGUAAGGUGAGUCAAACCAAACCUCACUGAUAAUCUCCCCUUGGUUUCCUUUGAAAGUAAAUCGGUAUCUUGUAGUUUUGUGCACACGAAAGGAGAGAAAGUCUCUCCAGUGAAGAGUAUGAACUAGUAAUUUUGGGGGGUCUCUCUAAUUCUAGUAUUUUGACAUGUUAUAAUACACAAGUAAAAUAAAACAAUAGUUUACUCAGCUCAUGUUACUAUUCCCCAACAGAUAUUGUGGCAAAUCGCACAUAGGAAAGAGAAUUUAGGAAUACAGUAGCAAAACAUUAAUUAAACCUCCAAUGCCAGGACAAAAUAAAACAAUAUACCAGAUGGAGAAGAUGCCCGUAUUUUCAUCUUCCAUUCUAUCAUUAUCCAUUGUUAGAUGCAUAAGCAUUUUGAUAUUGUGUAAUAAAUGUGGUAUUUGAGAAGAUAAAUGAUGUAGUUGAUCAGUAUUCCUCCUCUAUCACCUUUUUAGACUUUAUAAGGUAAAUAUUUGGAAUAACUUUUAGAAAAGUUUCCCUUUUUUUUCUCCAUUUACAUUUUUCUGGGUUUUUUUUUGAGUGAGGUAGGAGCAUUACCAAAUGAUAUUUUCUGAAGAUGCUUUUUGAAAAGCUCUGAAUCUAUUCCUAACGCUCUUAAUUAUUGGCUUGUUUCACUUUUUUCCUCCAGUUUUUAACAAGAUCACAUAACUGGCUUGUUUUUUAACAGCUUUGUCAAACUACAAUUUGCAUGCCAUAAAAUGUACACACCGUAAGUUUAUAAUUCAUUAACUUUUAGUAAAUUUCUAGAGUUAUGCAUCACCACAAUCCAGUUUUAGAAUAUUUCCAUGACCCUAAGAAGUUUCCUCAUGCCUAUUAAUAUUCCCAAUCCUAGGCACCACUGAGUUGUUUUCUGUCUUUAUAAGUUUUUCUUUCUACAUCUUAUAUAAAUGGAAUCAUACUACAUGUAGUAUUUUGUGUCUGGCGUCUUGCACUUAGCAUGAUGUUCUUGAGGUUCAUCUGUUAUAGUACGUAUUGAUACUUAAUUUUUUAUUGCCGAACACUAUUCCAUUGCAUGGAAAAGACCUAUUUUAUUUAUAGGUUCACCAGUUGAGGGACAUUUGGAUUGUUCCCACUUCUUGGCUGUUAGGAAUAAUGUUGCUCUGAACAUGUAAAUAAAGAUCUUUGUGUUCACAUAUGUUUUCAUUUCUGCUGGGGAGAUUCCUAGGCGAGAAAUUGCUGGGCCAUAUGACAAAUCAAUAGUUAGCUUUGUAAGAAACUGUCAAACUGUUUUCCAACAUGACAUUUCAUAUUCCCACCAGGAAUGUUUAAAACUAGUGUCUUCAAAUCCUCACCAACAUCCAGGAUUGUGUCUUUAUGAUUACAGCCAUUUUUGUACGUACAAAGUGGCAUCUCAUGGUGGUUUUAAUUUGCAUUUCCAUAAUAUCUAAUUAGGUUGAGCAUUUUUUUACGUGCUUAUUGGCCAUUCGUUUGACUUUGUUUGGUGAAAUGUAUACAAAUCAUUUGCUCAUUUUUAAUUUGGGUUGUCUGUCUUGUCUUCUCAUUUUAUUGAGUUAAAAGAGUUCUUAAUAAAGUCUGGCUUACAAGUCCUUAAUUUAUCAAAUAUAUGAUGCGUGGACGUUU